CACCGUUGCUAAGGAAUCCCGAGUUUCCGAGCUCGAGCGCUUCUCAGUGCUCAGACAUGGCGGCGGACCUGAACCCGGACUGGCUGUCGUGCCUGCCUUCCUCUUGGAGUUACGGCGUGACCCGGGACGGACGCGUGUUCUUUAUCAAUGAAGAAGCGAAGAGCACAACCUGGUUGCAUCCAGUCACGGGAGAAGCCGUCAUUACAGGACACAGAAAAACUCCAGAUUUACCCACUGGAUGGGAGGAAGGAUAUACGUUUGAAGGAGCCCGUUGCUUUAUCAAUCACAAUGAGCGAAAGGUGACCUGCAAGCAUCCCGUCACAGGCGUUCCCUCGCAAGACAACUGCAUCUUUGUCGUCAACGAACAACCAGCGACCAAAGCACCAGAGGCCGAGAAGAAAGAACGUCCAACCAGCACCAUGAGCGAAGCGUCCAACUACACGGGCGGCUCAGACUACGCCACACACCCCAGCAGUCCCACAACCAGACCGUCCAGGUCCUCAAAGAAAGUCCACAACUUUGGGAAGAGGUCCAACUCUAUCAGGAGGAACCCCAAUGCUCCGGUGGUGAAAAACGGCUGGCUUUACAAACAGGACAGUACCGGGAUGAAGAUGUGGAAGAAGAGAUGGUUCGUGCUGUGUGACAUGUGCCUCUUCUACUACAGAGAAGAAAGAACUUCAUGCAUGUAUAGACUUGACGAUGAGAAAGAAGAAGGCAUCUUGGGAAGUAUCCUCCUGCCCAGCUUCCACAUUUCCAUGCUGUCCGUGGACGACCACAUAAGCAGGAAAUACGCCUUCAAGGCGACACAUCCAAACAUGCGCACAUACUAUUUCAGCACCGACACAGCCAAAGAUAUGGAGUCCUGGAUGAAGGUUAUGACGGACGCGGCGAUGGUCCACACUGAGCCAAUCAGAAGGCUUGAGAAGGUAAAGGUUGACCCACGGAGCCCUCAGGAGAUGAACAACAUGCUGAAUCACCGAGUCCUGACCCGACCCGAGAUCCAAAACAAUGAGAGAAACCGCGAGACUCACCGCCAGGAGGAGAAGAAGCAGAAACCCGCGGACAAGCAGCCCAGCAUCCAAAAAGACAAAGAGAGCAGGAGUAGCGCGCAGAAAGACGGAGAGCGUUACACCGACAACUACGCUCUGCACAAAGAAGCUCAGAGACUCGCUCUGCAGAAGGACGGCGACCGCUACAUGUUGGAGAAAUGCGUCCUCCAGAAAGACGGCGACAAAUUCGCCGUCCACAAAGACGGAGAGAAGUACCUACUCCAGAAGGACGGGCAGAAGUACACGCUACACAAGGACGGAGAUAAGUACACGCUUCAGAGGGACGCGCCACCUAAAGACGGCGAGAAGAUCCUACAGAAAGAUGGACGGUAUUCUCUCACGCUCCCGAGGGAAGGAGAUAAGCAUAAAGACCCGGAGAAACCCGUCCCGCCCCCUCGGGAGGGUGAGAAAUACGGCUUCCAGAAAGAGGGCGCUGUGGAGCGACCGCUCACGAAGAUCAACAGCAUCAAACUCCAGCCGGCUCAAGCGGCGGCCAUCGCUCUGGCCGUCUCGUCCUCCAGGCAGAUCCAGAGCGCGGGAUCCGGAUCCGGACCCGGACAGUACAUGCCGUCCCAGGUCAACGGUUCGGGGGAACGAGGAGGAGACCGAAGCCCCGGCGACAUGAGCCACACGAUUCCCCUGAGGACGCCGGUCCCGCCACAGCCGGCUGAACCCGAGAGAUCUCUGAGCAGGACCAGCUCGAUGCAGCAGCUGGAGCAGUGGGUCCGCACACACCGCACUCGGACCCCGGACGAUGACACCCGGAGCAUAACAUCCUACCAAACGUUGCCAAGGAAUAUGCCGAGCCACCGGGCGCAGAUCGUGCCGCGUUAUCCCGAGGGUUACCGUACUCUCCCGCGCAACAUGCUCCGUCCGGACAGCAUCUGCAGCGUCACAGGGUCGAUGUACGACCGGGCGUUACAGCCCACCACGGCAGAGAAGCGCCGCUCCAUACGGGACGACACCAUGUGGCAGCUCUACGAGUGGCAGCAGAGGCAGUCUCACACCCGGAUCGGAUACGGGACGCUUCCCAGCCCUAAAACCAUGGGCCAGAUCACAGAGUCCAUCCCCACCUCCCCUUCCCACGGAUCUCUGGCCGGUUACCACACCUUCUCCCCUAAUCGUCCUCUAAACCCAGAUUCCCGCUCGGAGGUUUCCUCGCCGGUGUUUCGCGGGGACGUGACCAUUGAACGGCGCCACCGACCGCACCUCUCUAAGUAUUCCUACCCUGCCGAGCGCAGGCCCGUUCCUCCCGCACAGAGCAUCACCGCACAGUCUCUGCAAGGCAAAACGCCAGAGGAACUGACUCUUCUGCUCAUCAAACUGAGGCGGCAGCAGGCCGAGCUCAACAGCCUCCGUGAGCACACGCUCGCUCAGCUAAUGCAGAUAAACCUCGAUGCCACCAACCCAAAGAGUGAAAUCCUUUCCCAUCACCUACAGAGGAAUCUCAUGUACUUGGACAGCCAGAUGAAGGAGAAUGAGCCAAUAAUCUUCAUGAUUCACACUAUGAUUGAGAACUCGGCGCCAAGGCCGCAACUGUACCAGCAACAGAUGAGUCCUGAAGAAUACAGAGAAAACACCUACUUGUACAAACCGGAGGAGCUGGACAUUGAUGCAAAGUUAAGUCGGCUUUGUGAGCAGGAUAAAGUAGUGAGAACUCAAGAAGAAAAACUCCAGCAACUUCACCGAGAAAAGCACACGCUGGAGACGGCGUUACUGUCAGCCAGUCAGGAGAUCGAGAUGAGCUGUGAAAAUCCAGCGUCGGUCCAGAGCGUGAUCCAGCAGAGAGAUGUUCUUCAGAGCGGCCUCCUCAGCACCUGCAGAGAGCUGUCACGAGUCAACUCUGAGCUGGAGCGGAGCUGGAGAGAGUACGAUCGACUGGAGGCAGACGUCACUCUGGCUAAAACCAACCUUCUGGAGCAGCUCGAGGCCCUCGGGAGCCCGCAGACGGAGCCGCCCAGCCAGAAACACGUUCAGAUCCAGAAGGAGUUGUGGAGAAUUCAGGAUGUGAUGGAGGCUCUGAGCAAGAACAAACCCAAGAGAAACGCAGAACCCAGUUUUCCUGGAGCGAACCCGCUGUCAAACCUGCACAAGAGUGAAGAGUCAGACUCCGUGCCUCCGCGUCCUCCUCUCCCGUACUCGUAUGAGGGGGGCGACCGGCCCCGUACCACCCCUCACCGGCCCGAGGACCGCAAGAACGCCCAGCGCAACGGUGCCCACAGCGGUCCGGAUUACAGACUGUAUAAGAGCGAGCCGGAGCUUACCACGGUAGCCGAGGUCGACGAGAGUAACGGCGAAGACAAAUCUGAGCAGACUGCAGAGAAAGAGCCGGCCGGCGUCACCAAAGGUAUCGUUUACCCUGUCGGAGUGGUCAGCCCGAGGACUAAAUCACCCAUGCCUGAAUCCUCCACCAUCGCCUCUUAUGUCACCUUGAGGAAGAGCAAGAAGCCUGACCCCAGAACAUGUCACCCGCAGGACCGUCCCCGCAGCGCAGUGGAGCACAUGAGCGGCGCUGUAGAGGUGGGCCGAACACGCAUGAGUGUCGAGGAGCAGAUGGAGCGAAUCAGACGACACCAGCAGGGGGCGCUACGUGAACGAAGAAGAGAAGACGGCUCACUGUCACGCAGCCUCUCCUUCACUAAAGACAACCCGUACUACACCCUACAGACGCGUAAGAAGAGCCCGGCGAUCUCUCCGGAUGAGCAGGACGAGCGCAGAGACCCGUCGCCUGAGGGCCGGGAGCGAGAGCGGACGGAUGGGAAACCCACGGAUGCGGAAGAGAACUGCAGGGAAACACGUGAUGUGGAUUCUGGAUAUGCCAACUUGGAGAACAAAGAGAAACCGCCCGUGUCCCGAUCAGCAUCCUUUAAAGAGUCUCUUCUGAAGAGCGUGACGCUGAACGAGGGCGAACCGAAGCGUUUGAGUCCGCUGGAGUUUCGCAGGAGUCUGGCCACACAGAACAGCUUGCAGACGGCCGUCAUGGUACGCGUGGGCACCGAGGAAGAGGAGGAUGAGGACGACGAGAAGCCCUCCAGUCAAGAGCAGGACGUGUCCUAUGAGCUGACCAAUAGCAAGCAUGGCACACUGACGUCAGUGAACAGUGUGUCGACUCCACCCCAAUCUCCAAGCUCCUCCUCUUCCCCCCCGCCUCCACCCUCCCCCCCACAGCUGACGGACGGAUCUCACUUCAUGUGUGUGUGAGAGGAGAGAUGGACCAGAGCCCCUCCACCGUCACCAGUGAACCGCAGCAUGUGAGGGGACGUCCCACAUCAUCAUCAUCAUCAUCAGCUGACCCACAGGAACACAGCGACGUCCAGGCCUUAGUUCAACCCAUGGGAAAGGAUUGACCUCUAGUGAUGAUUAUUUCUACUGCUACUGUUGAGUUUCUUCUGUUAGAUGAGUGUAACGUGUGAGCAGGUGCUAUUUUGAUGUAUCACAGCACCCAGACCCAUAAACACACGCUCACUUCCUCAAGCUGCCGAGGGUUGCGUUCAUCGUUCGCUUGUUUUAUAUGGAUUUUAAUCGGUUUUACCUAGUGUUUUUAGUACUCAUAUCUUUUGCACUGUACGACACCCAUCGUUUCUUUUUUGAUAUCAAACGACUCGUGUAUAAACGAUGUAAAAGGUGCCGAUGGACAGGAUUUGUAAAUGAUCUGUAUGUUAGUUCGCAAUAGCCACCACACUGUUUCCCCGACACACUCAUGAAUGUUCCAGCUUACGUUUUAUUUUUCUAUGGCUGAGAUAUAUUUAAAUAGAGAGAAGAGUACAGAGUAUUACAGUUUAAAGAAGAGUAUUACAGAGUUUGGCCGUUUUAAAUCCGUUGGAAAAAGCAAUAAGCAGGGUUUGGUGUUUCACUUUAAUGUAUAAACUGUAAAGUUCAUGAUGUAUAUACUGUACACCAUACAAUGUGCAGAGCGGAGAUGCAGAAGAGGUUAUGUAUCAGAGUCAAUAUGCAAAUGUUCAUAUUUCAUCUGUUUUAUAUCAUGUGAAAUAAAUGUUGAUGUUCUUAUAUA